AUUCAUAGUACCUGGUGCUUUUCUUAUUGUCUUUGCUACUUUGGUCACCUAUUCUCUUUCCCCUCCUUCCUACUCAAUAUACUCACCAGAUUGAGUACCACAACCUGUUCUACGAAGCAGAUUCAAGCAAACAACUUCUCCUCUCAUCCAGUGCAGCAGCUCUCGACAGACAGCCCUCUAAAGGUCCCCCCCCCUCCCCGCCGCCGCCGACCUCGCCCGCCGCCCGCGCUCGCUCAUAUUCUCCCCCACCCCACGCCAUCGUAACAGUCACACACGCACACAAGACUUCCUCCCUCUCCCCUCCUGCCCCGAACCCACCAGCAAAUAAAAGCCCACCAAAAAAAAAAAGAAAAACAAAAGCACAAUGUCCGCCCUCAUCGAAGUGGCCACGGAGGCCGAGUUCCCGACCUACCUCUCCUCGCUGCCGCCGACCUGCCUGCUGGUGCUGUACUUCCACGCCCCCUGGGCGGCGCCCUGCACGCAGAUGCGAGCCGUGCUGUCGGCCCUGGCCUCGCAAUACCCGGCGACGAGCCCGCCGACGACGGCCUUCCUGAGCGUCAACGCCGAGGAGCUGCCCGACAUCUCCGAAGACUACGACGUCACCGCCGUGCCCUUCGUCGUCCUCGUUCGCGACGGCCAGAUCCUCGAGUCCAUCAGCGGCAGUGAAGCCGUGCGCGUGCGCGAUGCCGUCGAGCGCUACGCCGGCGCCGGCAGCAACACGACACAGCAACCCCAAACACAACAGCAGAAGACCGCCAUCCCCCCGCCAUUGACCGCCGUGCCCCGCGAGGACGCCUCCGCGCCCACGACCGCCACCCAGGCGCCCAACGGAGCCACAGGCGGAGGAGCUGCCGCUGGCCCCGCCGCGACGGCGGAGACAAAGGAGGCCCUCUUCGCGCGCCUGGCGGAGCUGGUCAAGGCCGCGCCGGUCAUGCUGUUCAUGAAGGGCACGCCCAGCGCGCCCCAGUGCGGCUUCAGUCGGCAAUUGGUCGGGAUCCUGCGCGAGCGCAGCGUCAAGUACGGGUUCUUCAACAUCCUGGCCGAUGAGGACGUGCGCCAGGGUCUGAAGGAGUUCGCCGAUUGGCCCACUUUCCCCCAGCUGUGGGUUGAUGGCGAGUUGGUCGGUGGGUUGGAUAUUGUUAAGGAAGAACUUGAGAAUGACCCGGAUUUCCUCGCCGCGUACUCGGUUAACAAGGCUGUCUGAGUAUUAUAGAAUAGGUCUGCGUUGUUGGGGGUCCCUGUAUUUUCCUCGUCAUUUUUUUUAUUUUCAAAGAUACUUCCCAGUUGUCAAGUUCUCUCUAAGAUCUAGC